GCAUGCGCACAAACUGUCAGUCGAACCACGAACUAGAACUGCUAUAGCCACGCGCCCUCUAACGCAAUAUUUUAAUUUUUUUUUUACGACUUUAAAUACAGCUAACUAAUGUCGUACACUAAAGUAAUACCAGGUCUAGUCAGGGCAAAUUCUGACAACAUCAAGAGAAUAUGCUUGUCUCAGGGGAGAUUUCGGUCCACGGUCGCAUCCAAGCAACGUAAGGAGGUUGAAGGAGGGAAAGAAGAGCAGCAACUUGUUGAGUGCACCGUGGUGAAAGCUGUUCAAGCAGACCUCAUCAGCCAAACAAAAAAUAACACCGAUGCUCAAACACGGAAGAUCGCAAUCGACUUUGAUAAUACACACGAAGCGUAUAAAAGUAAAGAUAAUAUUGAGCUGCUUAGAAGUCUGUUGGUCUUCAAGCUUUGUACAUUCGACUUCCUCGUUGACAAGAACAAGGAGUUGAUGGACCUCAGCAAGAAAGUGUUUGGCAAGCGGCUCUUUGAGAGGCUGAUGAAGAUGACGUUCUACGGGCAGUUUGUAGCUGGGGAGGACCAUAACUCCAUCAAGCCUUUGAUACGUAAGAACCAGGCCUUCGGCGUGGGGUCAGUCCUGGAUUACAGUGUGGAGGAGGACCUGACGCAAGAGGAGGCAGAGAAGAAGGAGAUGGACUCCUGUGUGUCUGAAGCUGAGAAAGAAAGCCCAGUGCCAGCUGGAGAACACUUUGUAAUGCAGGAACAUGACUACAGCGUUGACCACCGUGAGAAGAAGUACAAGGCCCACCGUCAGUUUGGGGACCGUCGUGGGGGCGUGGUCAGUGCCAGGACCUACUUCUAUGCUGACGAGGCCAAGUGUGACGCCCAGAUGGAGACCUUCCUGAACUGCAUCAAAGCGUCAGGGGGGGCCUCUGUAGAUGGAUUUUCUGCCGUUAAGAUGACUGCCCUGGGCCGCCCACAGUUUCUGCUCCAGUUCUCAGAGGUGCUGGUGAAAUGGAGGAGGUUCUUCAACCUCCUAGCAGCACAGCAGGGGAAGUCUGGCAUGGAUGCACUGGAGCAGAAACUGGAACUGGAACAGCUGAAGGAGAGUUUGACUAAGCUGGGUGUUGGAAAUAAAGACGACAUUGAGAACUGGUUUACUGGAGAGAAACUGGGCUCAUCAGGAACAAUAGACCUCCUGGACUGGAAUAGCUUGAUCAACGACAGAACAAAGAUCUCAAACUUGCUCGUCAUUCCCAACGUUGAGAAUGGUCAGCUGGAGCCUCUGUUGAGGAAGUUCACUGUUGAAGAGGAGAAACAGAUGAAGAGGAUGCUGCAGAGAGUGGAUGUUCUGGCCAAGCAUGCAGUGGACAAUGGGGUGAGGCUGAUGGUGGACGCUGAGCAGACAUACUUUCAGCCGGCCAUCAGCAGACUGACCCUGGAGAUGCAGAGGAUCUUCAACAGAGAGAAGCCCAUCAUCUUUAAUACCUACCAGUGUUAUCUCAAGGAAGCGUAUGACAAUGUGUCUGUGGACGUGGAGCUGUCCCGGCGUGAGGGCUGGUACUUUGGGGCCAAGCUGGUUCGCGGCGCCUACAUGUACCAGGAGAGGAGCAGAGCGGAGGAAAUCGGUUAUGAGGACCCCAUCAACCCAGAUUACGAGGCCACCAAUAGAAUGUACCACAAGUGUUUAGAGUUUGUGUUGGAGGAGAUUGACCACAACAGAAAGGCUAAUGUCAUGGUGGCGUCACACAACGAGGACACUGUCAAAUUCACCCUGGGAAAGAUGAACGAGAUGGGUCUGUCCCCCACUGAGAAAAAGGUCUAUUUUGGACAGCUGCUCGGCAUGUGUGACCAGAUAAGCUUCCCUCUAGGCCAGGCUGGAUUCCCAGUGUACAAGUACGUCCCCUACGGCCCAGUCAACGAGGUCAUCCCCUACCUGUCACGCCGUGCCCUGGAGAACAGGGGCUUCAUGAAGGGAUCCCAGAGGGAGCGCAGCCUGCUGUGGAAGGAGCUCAAACGCAGGCUGCUCAACGGACAGAUCCUCUACAAGCCUGUGUACUGACUGAGCUGACUGACUGGCACACCAGCACUCUGCCCCUUUUAAAACAUUCCAGUGUCUUAACUGAACCUGCCCUGGUCACAAUGGAGGAACCCGAACUGCCACUUAAUUGGAAUUUUCACAUAGUCAUGCACUGAUGUCAAUGGGAGACUAAAGUGAAAAUUUGACUUCCAGUAAGUAGAAGUUAGGGUUUACUGUGGCUUUAGAAUGUACUGUAGGUAGGUGUGUUUAGUACUGAGAUAUGAUCCUAAUGCCAAGUGACCCUCUACCUUCCUUUUGCUCUAUUUAUUGCUGUUGAAAGUGUCCUUAUUAUAUACCAUGAUCCUUAUCCACUGCUUUUGUCAUGGUUUAGUGGCUUACAGUGGCUUGUGAAAGUAUUCACCCCCUUGGCAUUUUUCCUAUUUUGUCUUCAUGGUGCCGCUUGCUUGGUGGUGCACCUUGCUUAGUGGUGUUGCAGACUCUGGGGCCUUUCAAAACAGGUGUAUAUAUAUACUGAGAUCAUGUGAAAGAUCAUGUGACACUUAGAUUGCACACAGGUGGACUUUAUUUAAAUUAUGUUACGUCUGAAGGUAAUUGGUUGCACCAGAUCUUAUUUAGGGGCUUUAUAGCGAAGUGGGUGAAUACAUAUGCACACACCACUUUUACUUUUUUGAUUUUUUUUUUAAACAAGGUUUUUUUUUCACAUGUCCAAUACAUGAAAUCCAAAUAAAAAUCCAUUUAGAUCACAGGUUGUAAUGCAACAAAAUAGGAAAAAUGCCUAGGGGGGUGAAUACUUUUGCAAGGCACUGUAAUCGGUGGUAUUUCUUAUGUAAAUAACUUAUUGAGUGGUUGUAUUAAACUGUAUUUGACUGCA